AUGCCGACUGGUCUGAACAGACACUCGCAAGGCUUUGAGUGCCGGAACGCGGAUGGUUACAAUUUAAAGAGUCCCCGUGACUUCUGGGUGCCAGGUCUGUGCGUGCACAUUGCCUCCCGGGCAGACACGGAGAGUCCACGCGUUGGCACGACGGUACAUGAAACGCUUCGCGUCGCAGAACCGUGGGUGCGCUUGGGAGACGACGCUGGACCAGUGUCCGUGGCGUCGCCGGGGGCCCUGUCGUCAGCUUGGCUGGCCGAAGGCGUCAGCCAGCACGGUGUCGUCUGCGUGAGGCCUGCAGAAUGUGGACGCGUCAUGCCGGCCGCUUCCACUGAAUCAUCAAAGAUCACCCACGCGCUCUGGCGACGCAGCCUCUAUGUGUACGGCGGCGCCUCGUCCUCCGGCCCCCCGCGCCCCAGCCCCACUCCCACCUCGCGCACAGCGCUGGGCGAGGGUCUGGCUUACAGGGCCAAAGCGCCCGAGGAGAGCAUGGUGGCAGGAGGCGGUGGCACCCACGACCCUCCGCGGCUCCUGGCUUUGAUGCUGAGUCACGUCUACAACUACUGCACGAGCGUCCACCAGUCCAACCAGGCCCGCGGGGCCGGCGUCCCGCCUUCCAAGUCGAAAAAGGGGCAGACACCCGGGGGAGCCCAGUUUGUGGGCUUGGAGUUGUACAAACGACUUAAAGAAUUUUUGAAGAAUUACUUGACAAAUCUUCUUAAGGACGGCGAGGACCUGAUGGACGAGAGCGUGCUGCGCUUCUACACGCAGCAGUGGGAGGACUACCGCUUCUCCAGCAAGGUGCUCAACGGCAUCUGCGCCUACCUCAACCGGCACUGGGUGCGCCGCGAGUGCGACGAGGGCCGCAAGGGCAUCUACGAGGUCUACUCGCUGGCGUUGGUGACCUGGAGGGACUGUCUCUUCAGGCCGCUGAAUAAGCAGGUGACAAACGCAGUUUUAAAGUUGAUUGAGAAGGAAAGAAAUGGGGAGACCAUCAACACGAGGCUCAUCAGCGGCGUGGUGCAGUCCUACGUGGAGUUGGGGCUGAACGAAGACGAUGCCUUCGCCAAGGGCCCGACGUUAACAGUGUACAAAGAAUCCUUCGAAUCGCAGUUUUUGGCCGACACGGAGAGAUUUUACACCCGAGAGAGCACCGAAUUCUUGCAGCAGAACCCGGUCACCGAGUACAUGAAGAAGGCGGAGGCCCGUCUGCUGGAGGAGCAGCGCCGGGUCCAGGUCUACCUGCACGAGAGCACCCAGGACGAGCUGGCCAGGAAGUGCGAGCAGGUGCUCAUCGAGAAGCACCUGGAGAUUUUCCACACGGAGUUUCAGAAUUUGCUGGAUGCUGACAAAAAUGAAGACCUGGGCCGCAUGUACAACCUCGUGUCCAGGAUCCAGGACGGCCUGGGGGAGCUGAAGAAGCUCCUGGAGACGCACAUCCACAACCAGGGGCUCGCGGCCAUCGAGAAGUGUGGGGAGGCCGCGCUGAACGACCCCAAAAUGUACGUGCAGACGGUGCUGGACGUCCACAAGAAGUACAACGCCCUGGUCAUGUCCGCCUUCAACAACGACGCCGGCUUCGUGGCCGCGCUGGACAAGGCCUGCGGUCGCUUCAUCAACAACAACGCGGUCACCAAAAUGGCUCAGUCCUCCAGUAAGUCCCCCGAGUUGCUGGCUCGAUACUGUGACUCCCUGCUGAAGAAAAGUUCCAAGAACCCAGAAGAAGCGGAACUGGAAGAUACACUCAAUCAAGUGAUGGUCGUCUUCAAGUACAUAGAGGACAAAGACGUGUUUCAGAAGUUCUACGCCAAGAUGCUGGCCAAGAGGCUGGUGCACCAGAACAGCGCGAGCGACGACGCCGAGGCCAGCAUGAUCUCCAAGCUGAAGCAAGCCUGCGGCUUCGAGUACACCUCCAAGCUGCAGCGGAUGUUCCAGGACAUUGGUGUCAGCAAAGACCUGAACGAACAGUUCAAAAAGCACCUGACAAACUCGGAGCCCCUCGACUUGGACUUCAGCAUCCAGGUGCUGAGCUCAGGGUCCUGGCCCUUCCAGCAGUCCUGCACCUUCGCCCUGCCGUCCGAGCUGGAGCGCAGUUACCAGCGGUUCACGGCCUUCUACGCCAGUCGGCACAGCGGCAGGAAGCUGACGUGGCUGUAUCAGCUGUCUAAGGGCGAGCUGGUGACCAACUGCUUCAAGAACAGAUACACCCUGCAGGCGUCCACCUUCCAGAUGGCCAUCCUGCUGCAGUACAACACGGAGGACGCGUACGCGGUGCAGCAGCUGACCGACAGCACCCAGAUCAAAAUGGACAUCCUGGCGCAGGUCCUGCAGAUCCUGCUGAAGUCCAAGCUGCUGGUCUUGGAAGACGAAAAUGCGAAUGUUGACGAAGUGGAGUUGAAGCCAGAUACCUUAAUAAAAUUAUAUCUCGGUUAUAAAAAUAAGAAGCUAAGGGUCAACAUCAACGUGCCAAUGAAAACCGAGCAGAAGCAGGAGCAGGAGACCACGCACAAGAACAUCGAGGAGGACCGCAAGCUGCUGAUCCAGGCGGCCAUCGUGAGGAUCAUGAAAAUGCGGAAGGUCCUCAAACACCAGCAGCUCCUCGGCGAGGUCCUCACGCAGCUGUCCUCGAGGUUCAAGCCUCGGGUCCCCGUCAUCAAGAAAUGCAUUGACAUUCUGAUCGAGAAGGAGUAUUUGGAGCGGGUGGACGGCGAGAAGGACACCUACAGCUACCUGGCUUGACCCCGGAGGGCCGGCUGUCCACGCGCAGCGCCGUCCGCGGGAGGAGGGAGCCGCUCGGCCGGGGCCG